AUGUCGCAGCGACCAUCCACACCAGUCAAGGUGCCGCCCUCGGCGGCAAACUACACCCCGGCAACGCUGGACCCAGACCUGCGAUCACAGAUCAACUCAAUCCUGCUAAAAGACGGGCAUGUCGCCAAAAUCCAAGAAGCCCUCCUCCACGCCCUAAACUCCAACUCCUCCAACUGGCCCACCGCCGUGCAGAACCACGCCCUGAACCUCCUCCGCUCCGGCGAAGUCACCACCUUCCCCGCGCUCCUCCGCCGCGUGCUCGACGACGUCCGCGAGAGCCAGCCGUCCACAUCAUCCACGUCCAGCGCAAACGGCAAGUCGUCAACAGCGACAAACGGCGGCGGCAGCAGCAGCAGCAGCGCGGACAAUACCAAGAAGACCAACGGCGCCGCCUCGGACAAACCGCCCCUCGCCAUCCCCACCUCCGUGAUCGAGGAGGCCCUCCGCAUCACAAGGGAAAGCCUCGACGCCGUCUGCGAAAUCGAGGAGAAGGGCAGCGGCUAG